UGGGGGCUCCGGCGGCGGCGACGGCUUGUUCUUGGCUCGGCUCUGGCUCGCCUGUCUCCGCUGCGGGGCUCUCGGUCGCUCGUGGCGCGGCGCUCCGGCCAGGCGGGAUGGCCGCGCUCCUGCUGCCCCCGCUCGCCCCGCUGCUGCUGCCCCUGCUGCUCGCGCUGCUCGGCCACGGCCCCGCCGGCAGCCUCGGCAACCGGCACGCGGUGCAUUGGAAUAGCUCCAACCCGCACUUGCGGCGGGAAGGCUACACCGUCCAAGUGAACGUCAACGACUACCUGGACAUCUACUGCCCGCACUAUAACUCCUCGGUGCCCGAGGGGCGCAUGGAACAGUACAUCCUCUACAUGGUCAACCAUGAAGGCUACCGGAUGUGCGACAUCAGCCAGGGCUUCAAACGCUGGGAGUGCAACCGCCCGCACGCCCCGCACAGCCCCAUCAAGUUCUCGGAGAAGUUCCAGCGCUACAGCGCCUUCUCACUGGGCUACGAGUUCCACGCCGGGCACGAAUAUUACUACAUCUCAACUCCGUCGCACAACCACCGCUGGGCCUGCCUUCGAAUGAAGGUUUUCGUCUGCUGCGCUUCUCCGUCGCACUCUGGGGAGAAAGCGGUUCCGACCCUCCCGCAGUUCACUAUAGGCCCAGAGGUGAAGAUCGAGGAUUUGGAUAAUUUUAACCCCGAGAUGCCCAAACUGGAGAAAAGCAUCAGCGGGACCAGUCCGAAACGGGAACACUUGCCUCUGGCGGUGGCCGCGGCCCUCUUCCUCAUGACGCUCUUGGCUUCCUAGCCGCGUGGGUCGCCGUGGGAAGGGGGCCGAUCCGAUCCCAACCCACCCGGGCCCGCAGUCCUGCCCGAGACCUCCUCAGCGUUCGUGAAAAGGGCAAAACGUAUAUUUAAAAAGGGGUGCGGGGGGGAGGCGUGAUGUUGCGAGGGGGGUGAGGAGGACGGGCGGCCCGAAGUUGGAGGACAGUGAACUUUCUUGGCCAGGCCGCCCCCUCCUCCCAUCUCCGUCCCCCUCCCCAGCUAAGGAAAACGUUGCCACUGCUUCUGUGUCUCUUUCGCCUUUCCCGUCUGCCCUGUUCUGGGGACAGAAGGGAGUUUCAGCCUGGCGCGUGGACUUUGGAGGGGGAGCGGGUUGGUUUUGAUGCCCCUGGAAAGGCGUUCCUAUUCGCCCUGGAAUCGGGGCCUCCACCUCCGGCGAUCCACCAGAGGACCACAGGUGUCCACCACCACAGCAAUAGACCUCUCGCUCGUCUCUUCCGACGCCCAGGGCAGAGGGCCGGCAGCCAAAUUCCGGAGCAGCGGACAUUCUACCAGAACUCCUCCUGGCUUGGCAACGUCGCAGCUGGGCAAUUUUAUUUUAUUUUGGAGAGCCGUGCCCACCUCGGAGAGUUCCAGGAAUGCCCACGCCAGAGAUUGGAGGGGUGGGGGGCACCGUUUCCCAGUGACUCUCGGGCUGCAGGGGGCACGUGGUGGUACCCUCGCCCUAACCCCGGGGGGUACCUGUACAUAUCUCUUUAUGUGUUCUGUACAGAGAGAAGGCUCCAUUAUCCGUGUCUAUAGAUUAUAUAAAACCGUUCUUGUAGUGGGUGGGUGCGGGGCGGGCACCGGUUUGCCCGUCAAAGCCAGAAUCUUUUGUUUUGUUGGGGCGUUUCCUCCCCCUUUGUCUUCUGUGAAGACCAGACCUAUGCAAGACGCACGGACACUUUUUUUUCCUUCCCGGGGUGGGUGGGGGGUGGUCAGGGCAAAAACCACAUUGACAAAAAAAUAAACAAAGGACCUUUUCGGGUCGGGACUGGGGGGGGGGCUAUUUCUCCUUGUUUUUUUUGUUUUCUUCCUCCCUCCCCAAGAGCUUUUGGCUGGCGAUUUUCAUAUACUUGCUCUUAGUCUAUUAAAAAAAAAAUUAAAUAAAAG